AUGGUCAGGUACCACACGUACGAGGAAGACGCCCCCGGUACAGUCAUUGGGGUCCUGUGGGACGAUUUGCAGUCCCGCUCUGGGGACAGACCCCUGGGCAGUUUCCGCCUGAUGGAGCAGUUCAGCAACAGCUCGCUGGUCCGGGUGCGGGAGGGGGACGGGCAGCUGAGCAUCGGCGAGGAAGGGAUCGACCGGGAGCGGCUGUGCGGCCAGUCCCUCCAGUGCGUCCUGGCUUUCGACGUGGUGAGCUUGUGGCAGGAGCAGUACCGGCUGGUGCACGUGGAGCUGGAGGUGCGGGACAUCAACGACAACGCGCCGCGCUUCCCCCAGGCGCACAUCCCGCUCGAGGUGUCCGAGAGCGCCGCGCCCGGCACCCGCCUGCCGCUGGAGAUCGCCGUGGACCCGGACGUGGGCUCCAACUCCAUCCAGAGCUUCCAGCUCUCGCGCAACAGCCACUUCGGCAUCGAGGCGCAGCCGCGGGCGGACGGCGGGAAAAGCGCCGAGCUGGUGCUGCUGCAGGAGCUGGACCGCGAGACCCAGGCCGCCUACACCCUGGAGCUGGUGGCCCAGGACGGCGGCAGCCCGGCCCGCUCGGGCACGGCCACGGUGAGUGUCCGGGUGCUGGACGCCAACGACAACAGCCCGGCCUUCCCGCAGGGCUCGGUCACGGUGGAGCUGGGCGAGGACGCGCCGCGGGGCUCCCUGCUGCUGGACCUGGACGCGGCCGAUCCCGACGAGGGGCCCAACGGGGAGAUCGUCUACGGCUUCGGCAGCCAGGUGCCGGCCGAGGCGCGGCAGCUCUUCCGGCUGGACCCGCUCUCGGGCCGCCUGACGCUGGAGGGGCCGGUGGAUUACGAGCGGCAGCGGACCUACGAGCUGGACGUGCAGGCGCAGGACCGGGGCGCCAGCCCCCUGGCGGCCACGUGCAAAGUCAUCGUGCGCCUGGCCGACGUGAACGACAACGCGCCGGGCAUCAGCAUCAGCCCCCUGAGCGGCGCCCCCGCCGGCGCCGGGGUGGCCUACGUCAGCGAGGCGGCGGCGCGCGACAGCUUCGUGGCGCUGGUCAGCACCUCGGACAGGGACUCGGGCCCCAACGGGCAGGUGCGCUGCGCCCUCUAUGGGCACGAGCACUUCGCGCUGCAGCGCGCCUACGCCGACAGCUACGUGCUCGUCACCGCCGCGCCGCUGGACCGCGAGCGCAUCCCCGAGUACAACCUGACCCUGGUGGCCGAGGACCUGGGCUCGCCGCCCUUCAAGACCAUCCGGCAGUACACGGUGCGCGUGAGCGACGAGAACGACAACGCGCCGCUCUUCUCCAAGCCCGUCUACGAGGUGGCGGUGCUGGAGAACAACCCGCCGGGCGCCUACCUCGCCACCGUGGUGGCCCGGGACCCCGACCUGGGCCGCAACGGGAAGGUCCUUUACAGGCUGCUGGAGACACAGAGCCCGGGCGGCGGCCCCCGGUCCGCGCUGAUCUCCGUGGAUCCCCACAGCGGGUCCGUCCGCGCCCGGCAGCCCCUGGACUGCGAGGAGCUGCCGCUGGUGGAGGUGGAGAUCGAAGCCUGCGACGGGGGCGCCCCGCAGCUGUGCCAGCGGGCCCGCCUCAGGCUCCGGGUGGUGGAUCAGAACGAUAACGCCCCGGUCAUCACCUCCCCGCCGCUGGCCAACGGCUCCGCCGAGCUGCCGCUGCCCGUCAGCGCCCCCGCCGGGUACCUGAUCGCCCGCUUCGCGGCCAGCGACGCGGACCAAGGCGCGAACUCCGAGCUCUCCUACUCCCUCCUGGGCGGCGCCCACCCGCUGGUCGCCCUGAACCGGGACACCGGGGAGCUGGCCCUGCGGAGGAGGCUGCCCGGAGGGGCCUCGGAAGCGGCCUUCCCGCUUGUCGUCGCUGUCCACGACGGCGGGAGGCCGUCGCUGUCCUGCACAGCCGCCGUUCGGCUCAUUCCCACGGACACACUCCCCUCUAGCGUGGAGAUCGUGGUCGUACAGCCCUCGGCGGAGGAGCUGCAGCCCAGCCUGGACCUUUCCGUAGUCCUCAUCGCUGUGCUGGCCGGAGGCUGCGGCUUGCUGCUGAUUGCUAUCAUUGCCGUGGCCUCCACCUGCAGGAGGAGCAAGAGUCACUUCCAACCUGGGACCGAAGAGCAGGGGAGAGACAAGGAAGCCAGGCUGCUGAAGGGCUCAGGCUCCCAGGCAGGGAGCUCCUACCCGGGCCAGGCAGACUCCUGCCAGCUCUCUGUUACAGCCCAGUCUGAUAACCCCAGUGACACUUCCCAGGCUGAGGACAGCAGCAGAGAGUCCUUGUGUCGUUCUGCCCAAGAGAGGAAAGCCAGGAGCAGAGACUCCCAGGGUCAAGUUCUUGUUCCUUUUCAUCCCCCGUCUCUUUGGCAGGAGCGAGAAUCUGCUUCGAGUUUAAGCUCCCAUUCAACUCCUGAUCAGUUUAGUGUGAAAGACAGUGGGAAAGGAGAUAGCGAGUUUAAUGAUAGUGAUUCUGAUAUCAGUGGGGAGGGGUUAAAGAAGCCACCUUCACAGUCAGCUGAAAAGCAAGUUGGUACUGCAGCCUGUACAGAUGGACGGACUUACAAGGAAACAGAAAGAUAUUGUAGAUUUUAUGUCCACCAGUCCCAAACAAGCAAAACCAUCCCAUUGCAUUAUGAAAAUGAUUAUACGAUUGCAUAUUCUACACCAAUUUAUCAGCCCAUCCUUCAGCUCGGGAAGCCCAAUUUUCUUCCACAACAGCCAAAGCUGAAAGAGUAUCAAGUUAAUAUUCCUAAAACUGAAAGACUACAAAAUGUAUAUGAAAGAGUUCUAAGUGGUGGGCCAGCAGUGCCACCAACCACUCUGUCAAGACAGUAUAAAGGACUAAAUCAUCCUCCACAGAACACUUUACUCCCAAAUGCCUCUGAAGUAGCAACAUCAUUCUGA